AUCAGUCAUCUCUUUGAGCUUACCUCAAAAACAACCAACCAACAAACCCACUCAAGAUGUUCAAAUUCAUUGCUGUCAUCGCUCUCCUGGUCGCCACCGCCAGCGCUGGACUGAUUGAGACCCACCAUGUGGUGCACGAGCCCGUCCUGGCCAAGGUUGGAUCGGUGGUGCACUCUGCUCCCUCGGCGGUUUCCCACCAGAGCAUCACCCAGGUGCACAGCAAGGCGGUGGUGCAGCCAGUGGUUGCCCCCAUCGUGAAGACCACCACCUACUCCCAUCCAGCGGUGGCUGUCCACUCCGUGCCCGUUGUCCAUGCUGCUCCAGUGGUGCACUCCGUACCCGUUGUCCAUGCCGCUCCAGUGGUGCACUCCCUGCACGCCGCUCCCGUCGUCCACUCCGUGCCCCUGGUCCACUCUGCCCCACUCGUGAAGUCGGUGGUGCACUCCGCUCCUCUGGCCUACACCCUGCACCAUUAAGGAUUCAAAUGUGAUACAGUACUUACGAUUUUUUGUUUAAAUAAAUGUUUUUAGUUUUUCAAUAACAAGUUA